UAAACACUUAUGGAAUGCUCGUGUUAAAACUUAGACACAUGGUCGUAAAGAUAAAGACAACUCUAUCAUAAAAUUUUCUCAUAAUUUUUUAAUAUAGUACCUUAGCUGAUUUUGUAUAAUAAUUUUUGGCGUAAAAUAGUUGUGUUAUAAACUUAAAAUGGCAAUUAACUCAUUACACGAAUCAUAUGCAAAAAGCAUUGAAUUGCCGCAAAGUGAAGUUUUUAGAAACUUAAGUAGUGCAAAAAGAUUUGCUAUUGAUAUUGGUGGAUCAUUGGCUAAAAUUGCUUAUUUAGCUGAAGUUGAAAACAAGCGAACAAGGCAUUAUAGUAAAAGUUAUGAUUCAUCUGCAGAUGAACUUAACGAUAAAAAGGUUCCUUUAUAUACAGUUGAGGAGCAAGUUGAACGAAGAGAUAGAAUCCAUUUUGUAAAAUUUGAAACAAAAUAUAUAGAAGAUUCUUUAGAUUUUAUACAGAAAAAUCUAAUGCGUUCUGGUAAUAGGAACAUUAGUAUCAAAGCUACUGGUGGUGGAGCUCACAAAUAUAAAGAAUUAAUAAAAACUAAACUAAAUGUUGAGGUUGAAAAGCUUGAUGAAAUGCAAUGUUUAAUCAGCGGUUGUAACUUUUUACUCUCAAAUGUUCCGAAUGAAUGUUUUCAAUUUCAUCAAAAAGAUGGCAGCGCUGAGCCUGAAUAUUUAUUUAAAAAUCUUGUGGGAGAAGAUGUUUUUCCUUAUCUACUUGUCAACAUUGGGUCUGGGGUUUCAAUUAUAAAGGUUGAAUCAAAUGAAACUUUUGAAAGAAUUGGUGGAACUAGCACUGGUGGAGGGACAUUUUGGGGGCUUGGUUCUCUUCUUACAGAUGCUAAGGGUUUUGAUGAGCUUUUAUCUAUGGCUGCUGAGGGGAAGACAAAAAAUAUCAAUAUGUUGGUAAAGGAUAUCUAUGGUGGCGCAUAUAGUGAAAUGAAUUUACCAGGUGAUCUUACAGCUAGUAGCUUUGGUAAAGCAGCACGUGCAUCAAGAGACCAGUCAACAUCAUUGCUCACUUCUGCUCGAUUUCGUCCGCAAGAUAUUGCUAAAGCUUUACUACAAAUGGUUAGCAAUGACAUUGGUCAGAUUUCAUCUUUGUAUGCUCAGUUGCAUAAUUUAAAAAGAAUUGUUUUUGGAGGAUAUUUUAUUCGUGGACAUCCAGUUACUAUGCAUACCAUUUCUUUUGCUAUUAAUUUUUUUUCAAAAGGAAAGUUGCAUGCCUUGUUUAUGCGUCAUGAAGGAUAUCUUGGUGCUAUUGGAGCUUUUUUGAGUACCAGCUUUCCACAUAGUGAUAGUUCCUGCUGGCUUGAAAAUUUAGCUGGCAGCUCUGCCUUUCCUGAAAAUAAUGAAAUUUCAGCAUCAAAGUUUGGAAAAUUUGAAUUAGAUAGAAUUCGGUUCAAGGUUGAACCAUGUCCUUUACUGGUUAAUUGCUCUGAGUAUAAACCUGAUUUGAUUGAUUUGGGUAGCGAAGAAAUCGGAAGAGCAUAUUGGAUAAAUGUCUUUGAAGAAGGGAUAGAUUCUUUUGUUGAAAAAGCAAUUCAAAGUCAGAGUGGUCAAUCAGAUGCUGAACAAAGAGCAGCAGAGUUCAAAAAGCAGUUUUUGGAACGUUUGAAUAUUUUGAAGGUUGCGCCUUAUUCGUUUGGGCAGUUGACUGUUCGAAGUUUGCUUGACACUCGAGAUCAGUUUCUAGCUGCAUUCUCUUUUUGUGAUCCAUAUCUUCAGAUUAAGCAAGCUGAAAAUGAACAAGCUCUUUUGUUGCUUCGCCAACAUCUUAAAUUUGUGGAUAGUUUAAGCAUUGAAGCAAGGCAAAUUGAACUUAUUGAAGGGUUGGUAUCUGGCAACAUAUUUGAUUGGGGUGCUUUGGAAAGUGUUAAGCAUUUGGAAAAUCCUUUAUUUGGUUUAAAACAAGCCAGGGAAAAAAUCCAAAAAAGACCUUGGUUAACUGAUGAUGUUGAUUCUUGGUUAUCGCGUUUUAAAGAAGAACCUCAUAAACUGGCCAUAAUUUUUACUGAUAACAGUGGUGUGGAUAUAUUAUUGGGUGUUAUACCUUUCGUGCGUGAGCUUUUAAAACGUGGAACCAAGGUUGUACUUGCUGCAAACUCUUAUCCAGCUAUCAAUGAUGUCAUUUAUAGUGAGCUAAUUAUUGUUUGUGAACGUGUAGCAGAAAUGUGUCCUAUAAUAAGGAAUGCAUUGUCAGAUGAGAUGCUUUGUAUAAUGGAAACUGGCUCCAGCUCUGCAUGUUUAGAUUUGCUACGAAUAGAAAUAAAACUCGCGGCAGUGAUGCGAAAUGCGGAUCUCAUACUUCUUGAAGGAAUGGGAAGAUGUAUCCACACUAAUUAUAUGGCUGAAUUCAAAUGUGAAGUAAUACGAUGUGCCGUAUUAAAAAAUCCUUGGCUAGCAGAAAGAUUAGGCGGUAAAUUGUUUGAUGUCAUUUUCAAAUAUACACGUCCAUCUUUAAGUAGUUAAUCGUAUGAUCUAGUUUAAACUUGAUUUUUGUGCUUGAGGUUUGUUCUAUUUUGCAAUCAGAUGCUUAAAAAAUUAUUAUCAGUUAGCAAAAUUUUCUUAAAAA